CAAACCCCCCUCACAUACCUGCCGCAGGUAAAACAACAGACCGCGUCUCACAAGCACGCUCAAAGGCACCUCUAAUCCGCACCAUGUCGUUCAAGAGCCCUUCCAGGAGUUUCUCCAGCUCAAGUCUUUCUAGCAGCAUGGGGUCAAGGAGCGGUCUGUUUGGGGCCAUUUCCCCAGCCACUAUAGGGAAUCUGGCAAACACACUGCGUCCGUUCGUGCAGAUCAACAGCAGCAAUUUUCCCCAAGUUGAUGAUAAAGAGACCAUGAAGGGUCUGAACGACCGUCUGGCGGGGUAUCUGUCAAACGUACGAAUCCUGGAGGACUCCAACAAUCAACUGGAGGAGCAAAUCAAAGAGGCUCUGAUGAGGAAAGGAGCUGAGAGCGGCAGAGACUGGAGCGCCUAUGAGAAGAUCGUUAAUGAUCUGAGAAACCAGAUCCAGGAAAUGACUAUGGACAAUGCCAGACUUUUCCUGCAGAUAGACAAUGCGAGGCUUGCUGCUGACGAUUUCAAAGUCAAGUUUGAGUCCGAGCAGUCCAUGCGGCAAGGGGUGGAGCAGGAUCUGGCACGGCUCCGAAAGAUGCUGGACGACACUUACAUGGGCCGCAUGCAGCUGGAGGGCCAGAUCGAGUCUAUGAGAGAAGAGCUGGCGUUCCUGAAGAAGAGCCACGAGGAGGAUGUUGCCAACCUGACAAACCAGAUCAACGACUCCCAAGUCAAUGUGCAAAUGCAGACUAAAAACAGUGCAGACCUCAACGAGACCAUUGACAACAUCCGCUCGCAGUACGAGCGAGCCGUGCAGAAGAGCCGCGAGGAAACUGAAGCCUGGUAUAAAAACAAAUUUGACAGCAUCGCAGCUGAGGUGACUCAGAACACAGAAGCUCUGCAGGCAGGAAAGACCGAGCUGAACGAGCUGCGCAGGACCAAACAAUCUCUAGAAAUUGACCUGCAGGCUCUGCACAACAUGAUUCGAUCGCUCGAGGAUUCGCUGCGUGAAACGGAGACACGUUACGCUCACGAAGUCAAUGGGUACAACUCUCGAAUCAUGCAGCUGGAGGGAGAGCUGGGACAGAUGCGAGCGCAGUUGGAGCGCCAGGCGGCCGAGUACGAUGCCCUGCUCAACAUCAAGUCCAAACUGGAGGCAGAGAUUGCCACCUAUCACCGUCUCCUGGAGGGUGUUGUCGAUGACAAGGAGGACAAGAACAGAGAGGAAUUUACUUUAGAGCAGGCGUUGUAUACAGCUCCUCCUCCUCAUUGCGGACUUAGGAGAGACAUCAUCAACGAACCAGAAAUAGUGGUCAGAGAAAUGGUCUCUCAGAGGGAACUUGAGCAAAAUCACAAUGACCUGGUUGUUACUUGGGAGGAUCAGGAGUUGACAGAACAACUGGAGCUAGCAGUGGAAGAGACAAAAGCAGAGGAAGAGGAAUUAGCAGAACAACUGGAGUUAGCGGUGGAAACGGUGAAAGCAGAGGAAGAGAAAGUAGUAGAACAUCUAGAGUUAGCGGUGGAAACGGUGAAAGCAGAGGAACAGGAAUUAGCAGAACAUCUAGAGUUAGCGGUGGAAACGGUGAAAGCAGAGGAACCGGAUUUAGCAGAACAUCUAGAGUUAGCGGUGGAAACGGUGAAAGCAGAGGAAGAGGAAUUAGCAGAACAACUAGAGUUAGCGGUGGAAACGGUGAAUGCAGAGGAAGAGAAAGUAGAAGAACAACUGGAGUUAGCAGUAGAAACGGUGAAAGCAAAGGAACAGAAAUUAGCAGAACAUCUAGAGUUAGCGGUGGAAACGGUGAAAGCAGAAGAACAGGAAUUAGCAGAACAUCUAGAGUUAGCGGUGGAAACGGUGAAAGCAGAGGUAAAGGAAUUAGCAGAACAACUAAUUUUAGAGGUGAAAACGGUGAAAGCAGAGGAACAGGAAUUAGCAGAACAACAGGAGUUAGCGGUAGAAAAGGUGAAAGCAGAGGAAGAGAAAGUAGUAGAAAAACUGGAGUUAGCGGUAGAAAAGUUAAAAGUAGAGGAAGAGUUAACAAAACUGCCGUUAGCAAAGGAAGUUGAGUUAGUGGAGGACUAAGAAGUCAUCUGCUGAACAUGAUGAGGACGACGCUUCUCAAGAUGUUGUGAAGAAAAUGUGACUUUUUACUGCUGUUCCAUCCUAAUCUUACAGCCUCAGUGGUUCUUCUUCUCUGUCUUUGUUCACUUAUUCUUGCUCAGUUUUUCUUUGUGUUGACCAUGACAAUUUUAUCAAUCUCCUAUGCCACAAUUAAAUAUGAAUUAGCUUCA